AUGCUCGCUGUGACAGACCGCUGCUCCCGCCAACGCACGCCACUCACUUCGAUCUUGGUCCUUGGGGGUCAGGGCCCACGGCCGCUCAUGGCCCGAGGUGCUAAGACUGUAGGAGGCCAAGAGUCCAUUCCCGAUCUUAUCUGGAGCGUUCUGAGAAUGUCCCUCGAUUUCAAGCCACGAAGAACCAAGUGCUCGUCGGGUCGAACUGGAGGACCAGUAGACACACCGCUCCCCCAGCUACCCCAUGGCUCACAGUUUAUUUCAUGUGAUUUACUUGUCUUUUGGUCGAAAAAUCUGCCAACAAGCAGGUCGGUCAGGAUGGCGCGGAGAGGAAUCACCUAG